UCCACCCAGCAGGAUGGGUGAUGCGGAGAGCUGCUUGUUCAGACAACAGACACGCGAGGUCAGGGAGAAGCCGCUUAUAAAUUACCGCUUCCUCCGCGCCGCCGCCAGCGUCGUGCUCCGGGACCUGCUUGCAGUCGAGCUCCAGUGCCCAGGCGCCAACGCUGCGAUCGCCACCAGCCCCGCCAGUCCCGCCAGUCCUGGGCCAUCCGCCGUGGGCUUAGCCACCCAGGCGCAGAGCCAGCCCCACAGCCUCUUCAGAGGAGCCUCUCAAGCAAAACGAGGAAAUGGCCACCAAAGAGAAGCUGCAAUGUCUGAAAGACUUCCACAAAGACAUCCUGAAGCCUUCGCCAGGGAAGAGCCCAGGCACACGGCCUGAGGAUGAGGCUGAGGGGAAGCCCCCUCAGAGGGAGAAGUGGUCCAGCAAGAUUGACUUUGUGCUGUCUGUGGCCGGAGGCUUCGUGGGUUUGGGCAACGUCUGGCGUUUCCCGUACCUCUGCUACAAAAAUGGUGGAGGUGCUUUCCUCAUACCGUAUUUUAUUUUCCUGUUCGGGAGCGGCCUGCCUGUGUUUUUCCUGGAGGUCAUCAUAGGCCAGUACACCUCAGAAGGGGGCAUCACCUGCUGGGAGAAGAUCUGCCCCUUGUUCUCUGGCAUUGGCUACGCAUCCAUCGUCAUUGUGUCCCUCCUGAAUGUGUACUACAUUGUCAUCCUGGCCUGGGCCACAUACUACCUGUUCCAGUCCUUCCAGAACGAGCUUCCCUGGGCCCACUGCAACCACAGCUGGAACACCCCACAUUGCAUGGAGGACACCCUGCGUAAGAAUGAGAGUCUCUGGGUCGCCAUUAGCACCACCAACUUCACCUCACCUGUCAUCGAGUUCUGGGAGCGCAAUGUGCUCAGCCUGUCCUCCGGAAUCGACAACCCAGGCGCUCUGAAAUGGGACCUUGCACUCUGCCUCCUCUUGGUGUGGCUCGUCUGCUUUUUCUGCAUCUGGAAGGGGGUUCGAUCUACAGGCAAGGUUGUCUACUUUACCGCCACUUUCCCAUUUGCCAUGCUUCUGGUGCUGCUGGUCCGUGGACUGACCCUGCCAGGUGCUGGUGAAGGCAUCAAAUUCUACCUGUACCCUGACAUCAGCCGCCUCGAGGACCCACAGGUGUGGAUCGACGCCGGAACCCAGAUAUUCUUUUCCUAUGCCAUCUGCCUGGGGGCCAUGACCUCCCUGGGAAGCUACAACAAGUACAAGUAUAACUCGUACAGGGACUGUAUGCUGCUGGGAUGCCUGAACAGUGGUACCAGUUUUGUGUCUGGCUUCGCAAUUUUUUCCAUCCUGGGCUUCAUGGCACAAGAGCAAGGGGUGGACAUUGCUGAUGUGGCUGAGUCAGGUCCUGGCUUGGCCUUCAUUGCCUACCCAAAAGCUGUGACCAUGAUGCCGCUGCCCACCUUUUGGUCCAUUCUGUUUUUUAUUAUGCUCCUCUUGCUUGGACUGGACAGCCAGUUUGUUGAAGUCGAAGGACAGAUCACAUCCUUGGUUGAUCUUUACCCGUCCUUCCUAAGGAAGGGUUAUCGUCGGGAAAUCUUCAUCGCCAUCGUGUGUAGCAUCAGCUACCUGCUGGGGCUGACGAUGGUGACGGAGGGUGGCAUGUAUGUGUUUCAACUCUUUGACUACUAUGCAGCUAGUGGUGUAUGCCUUUUGUGGGUUGCAUUCUUUGAAUGUUUUGUUAUUGCCUGGAUAUAUGGCGGUGAUAACUUAUAUGACGGUAUUGAGGACAUGAUUGGCUACCGGCCUGGGCCCUGGAUGAAGUACAGCUGGGCUGUCAUCACCCCAGCUCUCUGUGUCGGAUGUUUCAUCUUCUCUCUUGUCAAGUAUGUACCCCUGACCUACAACAAAGUCUACGUGUACCCCGACUGGGCGAUUGGGCUGGGCUGGGGCCUGGCCCUUUCCUCUAUGGUGUGUAUUCCCAUGGUCAUUGUCAUCCUCUUCUGCCGGACGGAGGGACCGUUCCGCGUGAGAAUCAAAUACCUGAUAACCCCCAGGGAACCCAACCGCUGGGCUGUGGAGCACGAGGGGGCCACGCCCUUCAACUCCCGCUCUAACCUCAUGAAUGGCGCACUCAUGAAACCCAGUCACGUCAUCGUGGAGACCAUGAUGUGAGGUCCGGGCCAUGCGACAGGCGCCGCUCUCCUGCUGUUUACUAAUGUUAGAUUCUCAUAGGACCAGGUUUACAGAGCUUUAUAUUUGUACUAGGAUUUUUUUUUAAUUGUCACAGAAAAUGUUACUCUGUGUGUGUGUGU